AUGUACAAUCCGCCAGAGGAUACUAGUUCGGAACAACAAUUUCAUCCUAUCUCAUGUAAAAAUUGCAAACGUUUGCACAAAACUUGCAACAAAAGGUAUCCAACUUGUAGCGGGUGUGAAUGGAGAAACAUUAGAUGCGAAUAUGAGAAACCAAAGAGAGUAACGAACAAGAAGAAAACAAAGUCAGAAGUAACCUCCAUUCAAUGGAUUGCAAAUACGGAACAAAAAACUAGUGAUAAUAUGGAUCCAUUAUCGGAUUGGAUUGAAAUUAGAAAAUAUAUUGAUCAGUAUUUUACAAUAUUGCAUGAAAUUAAAUUUAUUGAAAAAGAAGAGUUAGAACUUUAUAUGUUGAGGAGUGAUAACUCAGCACAACUGCCCAACUUUAAACAGAUACGUGCUUUAUUCUAUUGUAUAGUGGCACAUUUGACACAAAUAUUAGCUCUUGAAUGUGCUGAUGAUUCACUGAACAGAGCUGUUGAAGCUGUACGUGAGUUUUUCAACGAAUACUCUAAUUUUUAUGUGGCUUGUUCUUAUGGAUUAUUGGCAUUGGUUGAAGUUGGGUAUGGAAGGGUGAAGAAUGCCAGAUUCUAUUUGAAAUUUGUUGAUUUUUAUAUGGAUGAACUUGCAAAGGAAGAUAGGAAUAAUUAUUAUGUUGUUAAUUUACAAAAAUUACAAAUAGUUGUAUGUGUGGAUGCGAAAUUUGAUUCUUCUGUGAGCUGUGUUGUUAGAGAUUGGUUUUAUAUUUUAGGAAAAUAUAUUGGUAUCGAGCUCCCAAAAGAAUGGAAAGAUUUUAUUGUUCAAGAAAUAGAUGAAAAUAAUUACAUACUAUUUAUUCAAAUGCUGCAAGCACUCAUUCAAAUAGGAAAGUUAAAUCUAAAAGAUGAAAAAACAGUAAGAUUUUAUAACGAAACUGCAGACAUGCUUUAUCAUGGAAUACGCAUAAGAAUUCUUACUGAGAUGAACAAGAGUCCAGAGUUGGUGGAAGAAAGUGCCUUGAAAAUUGUUCAUUUAACUGAGUCAGAUAUGUUUUCGGUAUCUCCUGGAUUUCUAUCAAACUCUAUUGCUGCAUCUGCAAAAGUAAUUCUUCACAUAGUUAGACUGAUAGAAAUGGGCCAUAGAAAGAAUUGUGAUGAAUUUUCGAUACAUGGACCAAUUAAUUAUUUUCAAAUUUUAUCUAAAAUUUACAGAGGCUUGCAAAUUAUGGGAAAACGAUUCAGGAAAGUAUUUCUUCUUCAGGGUUCAACAAUCAAGGAAAUUGAAAUUAUUUUAAAUCAAUAUUCUCUUAAUUCUCCUUUGACAAGAGUUGAUAUGAACAAUAUUUCGUCAGAAAAUAGUGGACCAUCAAUUACAGAAUUCUUCCAGAUUAUUUCAGCAAAUAAGGACACUUCUGAAUAUGAACGAAUGCAAUAUGAGCGAAAUGUAUUCAAUAUUUUACAACAUAUACAAUUGCCUAAUAGCAAACCAACAAGUAAUUACCCACCUAUGGGUUUGUAA